AUGCCCUUCCACCGGCGGCCAGAGGUGUGGUGUGCGAUAUCGAUGUCGGGGGAAGCGAGACCUAUCGCCCUCAAGUGUCGUAAAUUGUGGAUCCAGUUGAGAGAGAAGCUGGCAGACUUGAUCAAGGGUCUAUUGUCCGCCAAGAUGAUCAACUACCCUAGAUCGCCAUGGGCUUCCCCGAUCGUGGAGAUCAUUAAGAAGAAUAGGAUGGAUAUCAGGCUAUGCAUUGAUUAUCGGUUGCCUAACACAACGGAUGGUAUACCCAAUGCCCUUGAUCAACGAUCUACUCGAAGAUCUGGAGUCGACACUUUGGUACUGUUCUUUGGAGAUGGAAUGCGGAUUUUGGGUGGUGAAAAUGACGGAUCGUACCCGCUUGAUCUCAGCUUUUUCACGCCGUUCGGGUUAUUUGAAUGGAAUCGAAUGCCUUUUGGCUUGGAGAAUGCUCCCCAGAUCUAUCAACGUAUGAUCGACAACGCGUUAUAUGGAUUCACUCGGAUCCCGAAGUCCGAAGAUCACGGAGGUACUCUGGAUGUGUUUGAAGACAGGGAACCGGUGGAUCCAGGCAAGCCAUCAGUGCUUGGGCGUAGAUCAUAUAUCGAUGAUAUCCUGAUACCGGCCAAUAACUGGGAUCAACUAUGUGACCGAGUCGAAAAUCUACUCAAAGCGUGUGAUGAGUGGAAUUUGUCGAUCAGUGUGGUUAAGAGCUUUUGGGGAAUGCCUAAGGUGGAAUAUCUCGGGCAUAGGGUCUCGCACAAUAGCCUGGAGUCGAAGCCGAAAGAUCUGUCUGCAUGGACUGAUCUAGCCUUUCCAGGAUCACUCAGAGCUAUGCAAUCAUUUUUGAGAAGUCUGAACUAUUAUAGCCGAUUUAUUGAAGACUACGUGAUCUACGCGUCGGUUCUGUACGAAUUGCGAGAAAUCGACUUUGCUGCGAUGACGAAAGAGGCUACUCAAGCGCGGAUCCAACAAGUACUGGAAGUGGAGGACAUAGAUCAAGGAUCGCAGAAAGAUCGGGGUGUCGACCACCGAAGGACCUUGGAUCUGGAAGCGCCCGACCCUACAGAGGUGGAUCCGCGUUGGAUCCAUGCCCACCGGUUCUUCAACGUGCUUAAAACUAGGAUUGCUACAACUCCGAUCUUACCACACUUUGACCCAAAUCGGAAGGCCACCGUGGUGGUGUAUGCUAGUUAUUGGGCCAUCUCGGGAUCAUUGCAAGAAUACGACCAGAUCUACUAUCCCGUGACGUUUGCAAACCGUACUCUGAAGUCGAAUGAGCUAAACUACGGCAUCGCGGAGAAGUAG